AUGCCGAAGACUACCGAAGAGUCUCUCCAUGCAGAUAAUACGRUUAAUSCUGACGAUUUGCCGCUUCUACAAGAUGACGGUCCAUCUUUGUCGACCGAGCUGUUCACAGAAGAGUCGCUGUCCUUCCUACAACAGAGAUUAGGAAUAGAUUCCAUCGUGUCGGCGAUAGAUGAUCUGUCUAACCUCGUAAAGAGAUCUCAAGACGUUAAGGUUGAUGAACCAUCACCUAAACGUGCUCGACUGAGCUAUGAUCCGAGUGCCUCACUCGGCGAUUUGGCAAGCGAUACAUUAUCUGACGACGCCGAAUUUGAACUCCCGCCCUCCAUCUUCGAUGAUCAAGAGAAUAAAGGUCCCAAAGUCAAAGAAGCUUUGGCGAAACGAGUAAACGAAUCGUUUACUACUAAACCUAUUGAAGACAAGAUGAAGCCUCUGCUUCAAAAAUAUCACACGCCUGAGAAUUGCGAACUCUUGUGCGUGCCACGGGUGAAUUCACCUUUGUGGAACGAGCUUCCACACAAAGCAAAAUCUGUGGACCUUGGCGUCCAAGAAAUACAAAAGAUGAUUGUUAAAACUGGUCAAGUUUUAGUGUCUUUGGCUGAAUCAGCYAUAAAGGCCAAGAAGGAGAAAGAACUCCUUGAACCACAAGAGCUCCUUGGAGCCCUUUCUGAUGCUCUUGCAUUCAUUGGGAAUGCUGGUUUUCAGACAUCACUCAAGCGGCGAGAUUUGCUCAAGGCUUCUCUCAGCAAAGACUACCAGUCUUUGUGUUCCGCUUCUACUCCAGUUACAACUCAUCUCUUCGGAGAUGACUUGUCUAAGAAAGUAGACGAUAUUGCUAAGGCGAACAGAAUUGCCGUCAAGAUCACCAAGAAUCCUGAUACUCGAGCAAGUGGUGGAAACAGAAACCGCAAUCGUCAAGGACAAGGCUCUAAGGCCGAUUUUUUGUCCUCAAAGCCGGGCCCAGCCCGGCGCAACAACAAUUACAACAGAUUCAAUCAGAACCGCUCGACGCCUCGUUACGAGAAAAAAUAGUCGACAGAGUCAGACACUGCUGCUCAGAAACACAAGUAAAUGAUCCUUAUUGCAAGAGUUCUAAUCCAACUGAAGAGAGACAAGGUCCAACGUGUUACUCGUAACCCCAGUGUGGCCUUCCCAGUCAUGGUAUCCCAGUCUUCUGGAAAUGUCUACAGCUCGUCCAAUUCUAC